AUGAACAAUCUCCUUUUUCGUUAUGGUAUGAGAAAAAAUUUGCCACUCACAAAGAUAAAGAGGCCAUUGAAGGGCCAGAGAUUUCUUGAUAUCUUAGCUCCAAAGCAAAAUGUGAUCAAGAAUCACCAAAACUGUGUUAAACUCAUUGAGGACUUUCUUCAAACAGGUUCUGUGCAAAAUUGUAAACACCCAUUGGAUAGAGAUAACUCUUUUUCGUAUUCAAAGGAAGAAGAUUCAGUCUCAUUGUUAUUUAGAUUUCAUAAAGAAGGGUGUAAAAUUGGGGUUAGUUUAGUAUCGAAUGCUAUGAGUUUGUGUGCAUCGAAAAGGGUUUUUAAUGUAGGGAUUCAAGUUCAUUGUUUGGUGAUUGUUAAUGGGUUUUUAUCCAAUGUGUAUAUUGGUAGUUCUUUGAUCACUUUUUAUAGUAAUUUUGGAGGAAUUGUAGAUGCGUACCAAGUGUUUGAUGAAAUGUCUGUGAGAAAUGUUGUGUCUUGGAGUGCUAUGUUAAAUGGUUUUGCGAAGGAGAAUGAGUUGGGUAUGUGCUUGAAGCUGUAUAAGGGUAUGAUGGGGUUGGGGUUGAAGGUUAAUGAAUUCGUGUUUACGAGCUUGUUGAGCGUGUGUAUGGGUAGUGGAUGUUUUGGUCAUGGAAGAAGUAUUCACUGCCAGAUAAUUGUUAUGGGUUUUGAGUCCUAUGUACAUGUUGCAAAUGCGAUUUUAUCAAUGUAUAGUAAAUGUGGGGAAGUAAAGGAUGCUAUGUGCAUUUUUGAUAAUACGAAGAGUAAAGAUUUGGUGUCGUGGAACUCGAUGAUCUGUGGAUAUGGACAGCAAGGACAUGCUAUUCAAGCUAUUGAACUUUUUGAGGAAAUGAAGAAGCAAGAAGUGAGGCCUGAUUCCAUUACUUUCCUUGGGGUGUUGUCUUCUUGCCGUCAUGCUGGUUUUGUUAAAGAAGGCAUGUCUUACUUUAACUCGAUGGUUGAUUAUGGUGUGAAGCCUGAGGUAGAUCAUUAUUCAUGUAUCGUGGAUCUUCUUGGACGAGCACGUUUAUUAGAAGAGGCUCGUGAGUUUAUCAAGAAGAUGCCAAUUCGACCAAAUGGUGUUAUCUGGGGUUCCUUGCUUAUGUCGUGUAGGCUUCAGGGGAACUUUCGGUUGGGGAUUGAGGCUGCAGAGAAUAGGCUUGCACUGGAACCAUGGUCCACGUCUACCCAUCUGCAGCUGAUAAAUUUAUACGCUCGUUUAGGAUACUGGGAUCAGGCUGCUAGAAUGCAGAAGUUGAUGAAAGACAAUGGACUUAAACGGGAUCCUGGUUAUAGUUGGAUCGAGAUAAGCAAUCAAGUGUUUCGAUUUACUGCUGAAGAUAUAUCGAUGGGACAUAUUAAAUCGAUUGCUAGUUUGGUGGAUGUUUUGGUGGAUCACAUGAGAAGUUUUAGUGUAGAAGAAACUGAUUCUGGUGAAUAG